AUGUCAGACUUUACGGAACAGACACUUCGGCAAAAGCUCGCCAACUUAUCGAAUCAUAGCAACUCGAUCCAAACGACAUCCAGCUGGCUGUUAAAGAACCACAACAACCGAGAAAUAAUAAUCAGAGUUUGGCUGAAAACCGUCAGAAAAGAGAAUAAAGGUGCUAAAGUGGUAAAUCUUCUUUACGUAGCCAACGAUGUCGCACAGAACGCUAGAAAAGCUUGUCCACAAUUCAAGGAUGACUUCUUUCCUGCCAUAGAAAGUGCAUUCAGACACUGCUGCGAAUUGAAAGCCAAGGAAGUGGAGAAUGCCAUUGGAAAACUCAUACAUGUUUGGAAGGAACGUCAGAUUUACAGCCAAUCUCAGUGCAAACGCCUUCAAGAAGCUCAUCAGCAAAUGAAGUUAUCUGGAAGCUUCCCUUCACCAGCUGGGAGAAAUAACGGAAAGAAUUCGCAACCUAACCAGUUCAUCGUCGAAGAGGCCAAAAAGAAUGCUCAGGAUGUUCUUGUCAGUUUAAAACGUCUUCAAAACCCUCCAAGCACCGAAAGAGACAUUCGUAUCCAGCUAUCCAAGUAUCCUGAUAACAUCUCGUGCCCUGAAAAGCUUCAGUCGGUUCAAAAUUCUGAAGAGGCAAAAGCUCUUCUGACUCAAAACGAAGAAGCAUUGCCAAUGCUCGAAGAUUAUGUUAAAAGAUUGAAAGAAGAGACAAAGGAGAGGGAAUCCCUCGAAACCAACCUCAAUAUGCUGAUUCAAAAUGUGAGAAUGAGUAUCGAACAUCACGAGAAGCUUUGUAGAGAUGUAAAGCGGAAGGAAGAUAGAAUCAAAGCAGAUUUGUUGGAGGUUGAAAAAACAUUUGAGUCUCUUCCCGAUCUUACUGCCGAGAUGCCAAACGCUCCAUUGCCAACUCUAGAAGCACUGUUUCAAAAGAGAAAAUAA